AUGGCUUCAAGUAUUGUUUUGUUGAGUCUUCUGUGUUUCAGCCUGAUAUCGUACCAAGCUAUUGCUUCAAGAACACUGGAUCCCACAAAAGGAUUCACCUCCCUUCCUCUAGAUCAAUCAAAUUUCGAAGUUCAGUGGCCAUAUAAUAUGCAAGAGGAUCAAAGAUACAGCUUCGAAAAUGGCAUUCGUAGGAUGUGGGUGUACUCCAAUGACAAGCCUCAUUUCCCUACUAGUCAUACUAGACCACGUACUGAGGUCCGGAUACAGGGAUACGAUUACUCUUCUGGUGUGUGGCAAUUCGAAGGAUAUGGGUACGUACCAAGCGGCACAUCUGGUGUGUGCAUCAUGCAAGUCUUUGGAGCAACUGGUCAUGCCACAACCCUAAUGCUUAGAACCUACAAUGGUGACCUAUAUUAUUACAGUGAUGAAGUCAUUGUCAAGAACAUUUAUGACAGAUGGUUUCGAGUUAAUGUGAUCCAUGACGUUGAUGCUGAUAAACUACAUAUAUACAUAGACGGGGCUCUGGUGUAUGAAGCACAAGGACGUGGAGGGGAAUCUCACUACUUCAAAUGUGGAGUUUAUGAGCAGGAUGAUGGUUCUCACUAUAUGGAAUCUCGUUGGAAAGGAAUCAAGGUUCUAAAAAAGAUGUAA